CACCAGGAGCUGCCUGCUUAUGGAUAUGAUGGUGAUGAUGACGUGGCAGUUGUGCGCGCGCCAUUUCGGCCCCUCCAAUCACUCCGCCAUGGCUGCCUCUGCCCUGCCUUCUAGAACCUUCCACCGCCUCCGGCUCCCCUCGUCUGCUACUUCCCAUCCUUCGAGGGAGACUUGCCUCCCCAGCGCCGUCUCCCGGCGGCGGGCAGCCGUGCAGCUCCUCUCCGCCGGUUUCUUGACCGCCGUCUCGCCGCCGCCGCCUUCGCUCGCCGCGAGGAGGGGACGCAUUGUAGUGCCGCCGGAGGAUUAUCUCACUGCACCAGCUGAUGGACUCAAGUACUACGAUCUUAUUGAAGGGAAGGGUCCAACUGCUGAGAAAGGUUCAGCCGUGCAGGUUCAUUUCGACUGCAUAUACCGUGGUAUCACCGCAGUGUCAAGCCGCGAGUCCAAGCUUCUAGCAGGGAACAGAAGUAUCGCGCAGCCUUAUGAGUUCAUUGUUGGGUCACCGCCUGGGAAAGAACGAAAGCGGGACUUCACAGACAAUGCCAAUGGGCUAUACUCAGCGCAAGCAGCACCAAAGCCUCCAGCCGCCAUGUACACGAUAACUGAAGGGAUGAAAGUAGGGGGAAAGAGGAGAGUAAUUGUCCCUCCGGAGCUCGGAUACGGGAAAAGGGGGAUGAGUGAGAUACCGGGUCCAAAAAGAAGGAAUGUUAACACAUGAAAGGUAUGGAUGAACAAUGGGAGCUAAGGACACACUCCAGAUUGAUGCAGACCUGUGAGAGUAGUAAAUCGAGCUUUCCACUGUUCAUCAGUGAUGGGAAGAUAUCACCAUGUCCAGGAGGGUACCUGAAUUUUUUAUUAUUAUAAUGCAAAGGUGUUCAAUAUUGGUACUUGUGUUCAUGGGCCAUGUCAUGAAUGUCCUGAUUGAACUAUAUAUGGCAAUGGCUUACCAGCCAUCCUUAUCGGUCUUGCCCUUGGAAGGCCAUGGCAAGAACUCGUCAGCUACCACACGAGGGUACUGGCUCUGUAAUGAUAAAAAUUGUAUUA